AUGCUCAUAUCAAAAAUAAUCAGCCAAUGGUCGUAUCGCGCAUGGGGAGACGCCCAGGAAGUAAGAAUUGAGCGCAAGCUAGGUGAGCAAGGCGAGCUCAGGAUCAUCAAUAUAUAUAACCCUAUCGGCUAUAUCGACAUGAUCGUGAAGCUUGAGGGCAUCCACGGCAAGCAGGGCCCAGCAGCAUUAUACUGGGAGAUUUCAAUAUCCAUCACCCAGCCUGGGGAUGCCAAAGCCGAUGCUCUGAUUGAGCUGACCAAUUCGGCCGACCUGGACCUCUGUUUAGCACCUGGCACCAUUACCCGCGAUGAAUCGAGCCAUCAGACUGCUAUCGACCUAGUUUUUGGCUCUCACGAUCCAUCGGAGGGCUUCCUGGCUAGCUAG